ACAUGUGAAGAAAACCUGGGGAUACAGUGUUUCUGACAUUUAACCGCAGCUUGUCUAAUUUCACACAACGCUGACAGAGUCGUUCGUGACUAGAAGUGUUAUUUUUAACCUUGCUAGGACUCUGAACGCCGCUGAAAGCGAGGUAGCGUCAAUUUAGGUGAGCUAACUUAGCUUUACUCGGCACUUUUGGGGUUGUUUUGCUAGCUUGUAGCCUGCUGCUAACAGCAUGGAUAACACGGAGGAGAACGCUAUCCAGCUGCAUGGAGAUGAGGAAAUCAUUGAAGUCAUCGACCUGAACGACGCGGAGCCUGGUCCAGAUGAUUUGGCGGAUGACUUGGGGGACGUCGACUUUGAAGACGCCGGGAAUGCGGACAACGACAACGAAGGCUGGGAGACGGAGGACGAGAUGGAAGCUGAAGUCGAGCAGGAUGACAGCGAGCUCACUUUCUCCAAACACACCGGCUCGGUGUUUUGUGUGAGUUUGGACCCGGCGACAAACAGCAUGGCUGUAACAGGAGGAGAGGAUGAUAAGGCUUAUGUCUGGAGGGUGAGCGACGGAGAGGUUCUGCUGGAGUGCACAGGUCACAAAGACUCGGUGACGUGCGCCGUGUUCAGCCACGACUCCUCCCUGGUGGCUUCGGGUGACAUGAGCGGCAUGAUUAAAGUCUGGAAAGUGGAAACCAAAGAGGAGAUCUGGUCCUUCGAAGUGGGAGAUCUGGAGUGGUUGGAGUGGCAUCCCUGCGCCCCGGUGCUGCUGGCGGGAACCAAUGAUGGCAACGUGUGGAUGUGGAAGAUCCCUGCAGGAGACUGUAAAACCUUCCAGAGUCCCGCCUGCCAGGCCACCAGCGGCAAAGUCCUCCCUGACGGUAAACGUGCGGUGGUGGGUUACGAGGAUGGAACGGUCCGAGUGUGGGACUUGAAGCAGGGAAACUCCGUCCACGUCAUCAAAGGUCAGGACGGCCACCAGGGGGCGCUGACCUGCCUGGCCUGCAACAAGGACGGCUCCCUGGUGCUGACGGGUUCUGUGGACGGUUCUGCCAAGCUAAUCAACACCGCCACGGGAAAGGUGGUCGGAGUGUUUUCUGUGGAAGGAGGCAAAGCGAAAGGAUCGAAAGACGAGGAGGAGUCCAACUCUGUGGAGUCUGUGGGAUUCUGCAACAUCCUGCCGCUCAUCGCCGUGGCGUACUUGGACGGGACUCUGGCCAUAUAUGACCUGUCAACGCAGGUCCUGAGACACAGGUGCCAGCAUGAGGCGGGCAUCGUUCACCUGCAGUGGGAGGACUCUUCUUCUGUGGUGUCCACCUGCUGCUUAGACGGAGCGCUGCGCUUGUGGGACGCUCGAUCCGGCAACAUGGUGUCGGAGUACCGCGGCCACACGGCAGAGAUCCUCGACUUCACCGUCAACAGGGAGGCGUCUCUCGCCGUCACCGCUUCAGGAGACAACCAGGCGAAAGUUUUCUGCCUCCAAAGACCCGAUCGGUAAAAACAAGGACGAAUCGAAGAGGAGAGAAAAAACGAAUUUCAGGAGAAUCAUCAGAGACGAUCAAACUUUUUGCUCUCCUCCAGCGGAGAACCGGUUUUACCUUCUUUCCUCCUCAGGAUUUUAAAAUACCCCCUGUGUGGAUCUUACCCGACCUGAUUUCGUAGGACUGUAGCUGCCCAAAGAUGAUUUUUUUUUCAGUUUUCAAACGUGCUCAAGAUGUUGACGCCGCUUCCAGCACACCUUAGAGAUUCUUUAAAACAAACUGCUCACCAUUUGGGUCUAAGUACGCUCUUGUUCAAGAAUCUGUGAGACUAAACAAAGUGAAAUUCAGAGACUGGUGUCUCGCCUUCGACGUCCCUUUUUAAUGUUCUGUCCUCCGAAAGAUACAAACAACACAGAGAAAAGGAGUGUUUUUCGUUUGCCAAAUGUCCUCAGCCCUUCGAGGGCGCCCGUGGUCUUCCAGCUCCAGUUUUCUGAUGUAAACUCAAGUGUAAAUACAAAAAAUAAUAAUAUACUUUCUUCUGGGGAACCAUUAAAAGUCAUUUUCAGCCGAA